AUGGAACAGUAUUUGAAUUUAGUGUGGAAAAAUUAUACAGCAUCACUCGCUGAUGACUCAGACGACAAUGACGAUACAGCUGAUCUAUUUGUUCAUAAUAAUCUUCAUUACAAUGUUCCUUUUUGGGUUGGUGCAGCGGUGAUUAUUGUUUUUGCUCUUUCUGUAAUUAUUGCAACGAUACGUUAUUGUAUUUACACAUUCUGUUCACCAUCGAAUGAUAUAGAAAAGUUGGCUUUAACACCGCCGCGAUCACCGAACUGUUCGUCGAGUCAACGUCGACAACGUCAAAUAUCUGAUGCCAUAUCUCAUCAUUUAUCGGAUGAAACAGAGGUUUCCUCAUGUUCUCCUGCACGAUCACGUGAUCAUUGCUCGGAUAUCUCGAUUAUGCCGAUUAUUCGUCAUCGAACUGAAUUCGAGAUUGACAAUGAAAAAAGACAUCAAUUCCCAUCGAAAUACAUCGACGCCUCCCGAACACAUCGAGAUUAUCGCAAAAAAAUUCAUGAUAUUUAUGUUCUGCCUGUUUCACCGUCUCUUUCAUCCUCAUCCUCCACAGCUCACACAGAUGAUACGAUUAGAAAUGGUUCGAAUACUAUGCCCAUACGAUUUCAACGGCAUUCUCCAAGAAACCAAUCUGAUUCUCCGUACUGUGGCGUGAAAAACGUCGGUUUCGCCGAUUCACCUCAACUGAAAACUCGAACCCUACCUCGUUCACAUCAUGGUACCUUGCACCAAAUCUCCGCACCUUCUCAGCCACCACCCCUACCACCACCUUUAACGAAUCCGUCAUCAUCGAUUGUACUAGAUCCAGACACAAUUGACUUUCGUUUUCAUCACUCAGAAGAAAAAUCAGUGACUAAACUGACACCACCACCGAUUCCAUCUCGAUCACAAAAGCCAACGAUACUAUCGAUACAAUUCGACGAAAUCGAACAACAACAAUCAGAAACAUCACCUCAAGACGACCUUUCUGAAAAUACAUGGCCUAAUCCACCCGAAUCGCUGACCACGUCUCAAAUAAGUGGACCAUUAUCCAUCCCAUACGAUCAUCUUAUCCCCGCAGUUAUUAUGCAUCCAUAUCGGCCCAUUGAACAUUCAAUAUUACCCUUAGCCGACUCUUGA